AUGGCGCCAAAACCUGAUGUCUGGAUGAUAUGUGGGCUUAUUUUCAUCGUGGCCUCGAUGUUGAACCCUGCUGAGUCCUCACCCACCCACGAUGAAAACCUGGUUUUCUACGAUCUCUCGAUGAAUGACAUAUUAAAUAUUGAGCGGAAUUACAAGGAAGAAAGAGACCAAAUAGAUAAGUAUGAAAAAACGGGCGGUGAGAAGCACAUACGUAUUCCGGCCUGUGUCGUGGAUGAAGAAAGCCAUUUGAGCUAUUUAUUUCGGAGGGACUAUAAAGACAUAGGGGAUGCUGCCAUCCAGCUAGCUCAGGACUACGAUAGUCUGCAAUUAUACAGUAGCCAAAACGGUAGUGGUAAAUUCCUGACUGAUUUGGCUUACAAACAGGGCAUAAGAUAUUCCACGAAUAAUAAGAUUAUGGGAUUCUAUUGGGAUUUCUACACUUUUGGACAUCCGAAUUUGAUUGAAAAACUGGCAAGAGCCAAUCAGCAAGCCACAAUAACCUGCAGAGCUUCGCAGUCGCCCCAGCAAUUCCUCUAUACGUUCUUCAUGCAAAGCGUUCUAUACCAAGCGAAGAAGUACGCCUUGGUGAAGUGGUCCUACAUGGUGCGAGCUAAGUCGGAAUGGAGUGAUCAUAUUUACUAUAAAAAAGACGCUGAAGAAAAUCAUGCUGAAAUUUUGGAUACCAUGGAGAAGGUUAUGAAGAAUCUUAUAGUCACAGCAGACCGCAAGGUUUGGCGCUGCGAUCCAAAGGACCACCAGCUGGGAGUAACCUACGAGAAAGUCACUCGCCUUCUGCAAGGAUACAUCGCCAAUGAGUUUGAUCUAAGCAAGGAACAAACAUGCGAACGCGAAUGCCCUGACUACAAAUUCUCGAGAGAUGAGGGUUACUCCGACAGUCCCUUUUCGUCCAGACACACCAGAUGCUCUGGUAACGUCUAUGACUGCCGUUUUGUGGAGUCCGAUAUGAAGGUGUGUGAGUCGGACUCCACCUCCGAUAGGCGAUACGAGUACAUCCAGUUCGAAAGCGGACUUGUCUACGGCCAGAAGGGCACUUCCCGCGCUGUUACCAAUGUGGAAAGCUGGCAUCGCUGGAUUUUCUACAGGUGCAGCUACUGCCUGUGCUUGUGCGAUGAUAUAAGCCCCAAUUCAGAUCGGUUCUUCAGCCUGAGACCAGUGGUAGCUGACGUGGAGCGCAACAGAGUCGUUACGGGGGUGCGAUUUGUAAAGCGCAAACGAGUUUUCCACCUGCAAAUCCAAGAAGGUGACCUCUUGCCACAAGGAGUCAUUAACCAGACCGAGUGGAAGCCCGUAGACUCAUUCGAUGUUUCCAGCAAGGAUGUGAAAAAGGACGUUGACUUUCACAUGCUAACCUAUGAAAAGCGUUCCAUCGAUCUGGACGAGGUGAAAGUGAAAAACAAAAGCGUGGUUACCGGUCUGCGUUUCCGAGUGGAUGGCACCCAUCUUAAUUUGGAGGUCCAAUUUACUGAAUUUAACUAUGAGAGCGGCCAGUUAAUUGAGCCGACUAAAAACAGCUUCUGGAAGUCAGGCGGCAGCGAUCAACCAAGGUAAAUUUUGAAAAUAUAUUGAUUCUAUAAUAUUUAUUCCUCAAUCUCCAUUUUUUCUAGGAAUAAAUUGCUCUUAAAGGAUCCAAACGUGUCUACACAAUCCAACUCUUCGCUUCCCCUUUCAAGCGACAACCAGUACAUUGAAUUUACCAAUACCGGAUUCAAAGAGGAUGCUGCUCAGAGCACAGUGCCCUUCAUCGAUAUCCAGGACGUAAUCUCGGACCCACCGGUACCUCUCUCGGGGAUCGGUAUAUACUAUAAGGGCAUCGAUGGCUAUGGUGGCUUCCUGGGCCCCAAACUGAUCACCUACGACUUCUCGCCCCACUUCAAAAUGCCCACAUGGGCGAUUCAGAAUUCGCCAGAGAAAAAAUCGACAUAA